AUGGCCUUACCACUCAGUAUCACCCAUUCAUGGUCAUGUUUCAGCUUGAGCCACAAGCCCCGAACAGCCGCUUUAAACCCACCUAACGAUCCCAUUGCAUGUACACUUGUCAAGACUUUUUCACGGGGUUCCCCCAAGGGGAAGACAACUGGCAGGACCAGCUUAUAUGAAGUAUCAGUCCGGGAGACGUGCAGGAGCAGUGAAAUCGGUGAUUCGGAUGUAAAAGCAUUGCGCAAAACGGUCGACAAGCACACUGAGAGAACAAGUACGCAGCUCAAAGACUUGCGGCACGAUUGUAGAAGGAUACGCCGUCUUGGAUACGAAAAGGGAGUAUUUGCCUCUUGA